AUGUGGAAGAAGCCGCAAAGUUGCCACCAAAAAAGAAGCACACCGAAAGUAAGUCGCAAACUGAACAGUAAAGGGAGAAACUUAUUGAACUAUCCAAGGACGGCACUGUGAAGAAGCCCGCAAGCUUCAUAAGGAAAGCAAACAAGGGUGUUGUAGAGAAACUUUACAAUGACUAUGAGGAAGAAAGAAUGUCAUAUGCUGGUGACUUCCUAUCAACACUCAUUAUCUCCAAGUUUGCAUCAGCCUUAGGAAACAUCGGUGCAGUGGAAUCAUCAGAGAAACUGUCAGAGGAACUUCUAUGUGACAAACUCCUGAUGGAUGACGUGGCAUUCCUCACAAGAACGAUAUCACCCAGUAUCCCUUUCAUAGGACUCAUAUCUGGGGGAUGCACAACGGAAAAACAUGUGGUUAAGCAUAAGUGGUCUAAACAUACGGUAGUACAUACAGAAUGCUCCAAAUCGGAGAACCGUUCGUCUGGGGAAAUCCCUGGGAAGGAACUGAAUUUGAAGACAUAA